CAGUUUGUGGAUGAGUUCAAAAUAUCAUUAUAUGAGUACAUUCCUUUAUUUUAUCCUGAUAAAAUAAAGAACAGCCUGAGAUGGACUAUGAAAAUGUACCUGAUACAUCAGCAAGAAAAAGAAAACUCUGCAGACUAGUUGUUCUGAGCUUUGGACUUCUGUUUAUUCUUCAAGUUAUUCUCAGCAUUUCCCUGCGACUGGCUCUUCACCAGGCCACGAAAAAUGAGACUAAAGAAGAAGAGUCACUGAGGAGGAAGCUGAAUAUUUUCGAUGUCAAUACAGAACAAGGAUGGGUAUACUUCAGGGGUGAUUUUUAUUACAUUUCUCAUAUUAAAAAGUCCUGGAGUGACAGCAGAGAGGACUGUUUGCAAAGAGGUGCAGACCUGGUGAUUAUCAGCAGCACAGAGGAACAGAACUUCAUAAGGCUGUUCAGGCGUAACACGUGGAUCGGACUGAGUGACACAGAGGAAGAGGGGACGUGGAAGUGGGUGGACGGGAGUUUGCUGAACAGCAGUUUCAGAUACUGGCGAACCGGGGAGCCCAACAGCCUUGGAGACGAAGACUGUGGCGUGAUGGCAGCCAAUGACGAAGAAAACUGCUGGAAUGAUGCAAACUGCAGAGAUGAAAACUUUUGGAUCUGUGAAAAAAAGGUGGAACAGUGAUCAGUAGCAGGAAAAUUGUUCCAUCACAUACAGAUGUUAACAUGUUUGUCUCGACUGCUGGCUUGCUAGGUUGUGGAAAAUCCUUUGAAUUGAUCAUUUGUGAGUCUUUUAUAUCUGCUUUUAAAUUCCUUAGGGAGACCUCUAAAGGGAAGUCUGCAGAGCAUGUAGAUGAAACCCUAUUUAUAAAUUGCUGUUAAACCUUAAGUUCCUGUUAUUAUUGUAUACUUACUAACACAUACAUAGAGUUCCACUAGCUGAUGCAAUUUUUAAAAUAAUUCAAAUGUUGAGAGAAUACCAAUAUAAUAGAUGAGAUUUUCUUUUAUAUUACAUUUAAAGUUCCGAAGUUCUCACUUUGUUGUUUGAAUAAACUCAGUUUUCUGGUUUUAACAUUUUGUUUAAUCAGGGUAUGCUGUUGUAGGCUAUUAAAGAACACUUCUUUGUUUCUGUUCCAUAACAGAAGCUAUAAAUGCUACUAAGCCAUCUUUCACAUAACAACGCUAAGCCCUGAGAUCAUAUUACUGUAAAUACAACAAGACAAAAGUCUCUGUACAAAAACAAACAUCCUUGAUUUGUGAGCAUUAAGAUAUUGAAACAUAUUUUUCUCUCUAUCUGCAUGUAGCUUAACUGAAUUUGAGUGUGUGAAGGAAAACUGUGCAUUAAAGUGAACUUCCUUAUAUUAAUGUUUCUCAUUUCUGAUGCAAAAGAAAAAGCCAAGAAUAACAACAUAUACAAGAGCAUUGGUGACUUUUACAAAGUAUGCGCGUCAGCAGCCACUUUGUAACUUUGUAUCUAUCCUACUUGAGCAGUCAAGGCUUUUUGUUCACACACACACACAUUCAUACAGCUCUUUUUCUGUCGAACCAGUUUCUAUUUAACACACAUGAAAGCAUGUUCCAUAUCUUGCUCAAGGACACUUUGACAUGCAAACUGGAGUAGUUAAUCAGAGCAGUUAAUCCUGGAAUAUCUAGGAUGGACAAAAUUUCACAAACUGACUUGUUGUAAUGGUGGCCAUCUGGUUACAGCCAGAUGGAUAAAAUCAUGCUAAAAAGCCUCUAUUGAUCAUAUUAACUAUGUAUCACUCACACCGGAAAAAGAGAAGUAUUGCAACAUAUUUUUGCAUGUGAGAUGUACACUUUCAAAACAGGACAGAUGUACAGAUGAUACUCAUCCUGUUCCUG